AGAGUAUCCAAAACAACACUAACAGCUUGCAUCGGCAAAUCCUCCAACUACACCAUGUUUGGUUCUACACGAAUCCUUUCCGACAUUACUCUCCGCCUUCGUCAAAACCUAUCACUUCGUGGCGUGCGCGUACAGAACAUAAACAUUGGAGGUGGUGUUGGAGGCGAAAUCCCCGAUAACAAGCGUCUCGAGUACGCUCUUCAGCACAUCCACGGAAUUGGCCGUUCCAAAUCGCACCACAUCGUGUGUGAACUCGGUGUCGAGAACAAGUACGUGAAGGACCUUAGCAAGAGAGAACUCUAUUCCCUUCGCGAGUUGCUGUCCAAGUACUUGAUUGGAAACGAUUUGAAAAAGUGCGUUGAGAGAGAUGUGGGGAGGUUGGUUGGCAUUCAGUGCUACAGAGGGAUCAGGCAUGUGGAUAACUUGCCCUGCCGCGGACAGCGAACUCAUACAAAUGCCCGCACCAGGAGGAGUAGGCGAACAUUUGCAGGGUCGAGAUAGGUACUGCAAUAGAAACAAAUGAGUGUUGUGUUUCUGCUUGAAAUAAGCUUUCUUAGAGACUUAGAGUGUGUUUGGAUUGGUGUCAAAUUUACUCAAGUCUGUAUCUAUUUCAAUCCUACAAGUUAUAGCUUUCACAUUAAAACGAUUUAAUGGAAUUUUAUUAAGUUUCCAGACAUAUUUGGUGUUUUUUUAGCCAAAUCAAUGUUGAGCUUUACAUUUUCAACCACCUUUGAUAUGCUUAUCUUUGCUUUUC